AUGGUCUUUACCGAUCUCCUCUUGAACGACAGCACCCCAGAGCUCCGAAAGUUCCCCUUCGGCGUGCUGGCCGCGCAGCCGGAGGAGGUGGCCGCAGACUUGGUGCCCAAGAUCAUCAACACCAGUGGGAACGGCAAGUCGGUUGAGUUCCUGACCGUGGACAAGAUCUUGACCAAGUUCUUCCAGAGAUUUAUCCUCGGAGAAAAGUCAAAGUACAUCGAUGAUGAUGGCAAUGUGAUCAAAAUGCCUGGCGCUGACUACCAGGACUCUUUGCAAGUUUGGAAUCAGAAAGCUUCGCACAUCCUUGGUCCGCAGAAGGCUUUGUUGGGUAUCAAACCGUUGGUCUUUCGGAAGCCUCGAGACUGUGCCAUCGGACUCCAACUCCAGUCCUUGGAGGUGGUCUCCACCGAUCAAACCUUCCGUGAAUGCUUGGAGGAGGUGACCGUGUCUGGGCAGUCUUUGUACAAGUUGUUGCAUUUGGAAGGUCUGGGCCUUUGCAUGGGCGCAGGUUACGUGUUGAGCCCGACAAGCCUUCGCUUGCAGCUGGCGCAUGUGCCAAGUGAUCAAACUUUGCGGCUUCAUUUCCAGCUUGCUACGGAGGAGGUGACCCGUGUCACCCUCCAGCAAUCACAAGUCAUGCAAGUACUGGCCAUGCGGGCUGCAGCCGCGAUAGAGGCAGCACGUUUGUACCGCCUCAUGGUGCCUGCGGAGCAGGAGAGAAAGGUGAACGAGGAUGUCCCUGCUGCCCUGGCCGAAUACAGCCGUUUGUUUGAGCAGACCUUGCUUUACAAGAAGCUGCCUGGGAAUUCACCCUUAAGCGAGCAGCUCAACUCACGUUUCCAACUCUUGGAGGACGUUUUGUCCAUCAGACUUCUGGCACGGCAGCAGCUGGCAGUCUACAACAAGGUGGAUCGCCUGGUGGAGUGGGCCAGGCGUCCGAUGAGCAGCCGGCGGCCUGAAGGGAGCCAGGAAGCCACUGCUUCGCUGACAAUGCCCAUUAUCACUGCGGAAGAGCUUGAGGACCUGCUGAGGGAGGACUCCAAGGCAGAGGCGGUGGAUUUGCCACAACGUCUCAAGUUCGAGUUGACCCUGGGCAAAGUCUCGGUGGACUUGGUGGACGACCAAGCAGACUUUGAUCAGGCUAAGCAGCUCCUAAGUCUAGCUUUGAAGGAAGCGACCUGGGAAGUUGACAUUCACUUGACAGACCACCGAGGGCAGGAUGCGGCUGAAUGGCGUCUUGAGGGGAAGUUCCAGAACCUUGAGGCGACCCAUUGCGGCAAGACGAUCCUUUGCUUCCGGACGUCCGAGCGACAUGUGGCGCAUGUGGUGCUGGCAAACAGUUUAGAGCCCUCGCAAAACCUCCUGAAGGUCAAUGCUCGCUUGGCACCCUUGGAGGUCUUUUUGGCACAAGGUUUGCUUGCUGGUAUUGUUCAGUUCUUUCCCCAAGACGAUGCAUCGAUCAGCCAGGUUGAUGAAGAGGAAGAGGAGCCGGGCCCGGUCGUCAAGGAGGUGGUGGAGAAGGUCUAUGAACAGAUUCCAGACCUCCUGGCAGUGGAUGUGUGCAUUGCUUCUCCAGUGCUCUUGGUGCCGGGAGCCUUUGGAACCAGCCGCUUCGGUUUGGGACACGUGCGUGUGACCUCCAAACCAUGCACCUGGGAGCGUAUGGAAGCAGAGCUUGAAUUGAAGGACACCUGCCUGCGUGCUGUGUCCUCGAGCGGCGCCCACUUCAAUGUGGUGAACCCCUUGCAGCUGAACUUCCGCAUUCAGAGGCACCAAUUGCGAGAGGAGACCUUCAUGGAGAUCCAAGGCCACCUCAGCGAGGCAGAUCCUCAUGGCCACGAGAUCUGCGUUUUCUUGGAACCACUGGCAUACCUUGCACGGGCGGGUUUGGAGGGCAGGAGCAAGGAGGACGACGGGCAGCUGGGAGGGGUGCAGCAAGGUGGGACGGAGUGCUUGGGCUGGGUCUUCUCUACAAGCGUGCGGCGCCGGGCGCGGCACCGCCCCCAUCGGUUGGUGCCCAUGCUGGCGACCGCCUCGAUGAUGCAAGCGCCCAUCAACAUGGAGAAGAACAGCAUCUCGGAAAACGAAGGCCCCUUCUCCACGCGUCGGACGUCCACGGAGCCCGUCACCUUCAAAGAGUUGCUCGCGGCGCUGGCCACGUGUCACGAAGCGGAGGUCGAGACGCUGCAGAUGCGCAUGGAUCACUUGCAAGCAGAAAACCGGCUGUUGAGUAUGAAGAUGAAGGACAGAACCGGUCUACGUGGCACUCGUGCGACGCGACGCACACAAAAGUCAGUGAUCGCCAGCAAGACCGAUGCAGAAGAGGGAGAGGUGGAGCCAGAGAUCGCCUUUGUGAACCCCACUGUGAGCCUUCCGGCGGCCGAGUUCACCAGAAAUACGACUGUGCGGAUGAAAAGCCAGAGCGGUGUAGCGGAGCUGAGCGGUCUGAAGUCGCCCGUGGAUGAGGGAUCAAUGGCAGUGCCACUGGAGAGGCCUUCAAAAAAUUCAAAAUCUGAAGAGAGGAGUCAGGCGGGUGAAGGCGAAGAAAUUGAGAAUGAGGAGGAGGGGGCAGAUGUUCACGCUCCAAAGUCCACUUACUAUAUCCGAGACGUUUGGAUGAGAACCUCUUUGGGAAAGACGAGAUCCCAACAACAGGUGGCCGCGUUGCAGAGGUCGCAGACCAUGGAUCGUAUGGAGAAUAAACGCUCCAGCAUCGCGGAGGAGGAUACGGAGAUCGUUGGAUUGAGCAAUGGCAUGUGGAAGCACAUCAUUGGAAGCCCGACCAGUCCGAAGAGGAUGAUCUGGGAUGCCAUCGGCGGCGUCAUGAUCCUUUGGGAUAUUGUGGCACUGCCACUCAUGGUGUUCGAUGAGGUGGAUGGACCCUUUACAGAUGCCUUAGGCAUGAUAGGCUUGUCGUAUUGGACAUUAAAUGUGGGUAAUACGCUCACGUGUGGCUACUUGCACAACGGGGUCACCAUCAUGAGUCCAUGGGCCAUCUUCAAGAGGUAUUUGACACGAGGAAUCUUCCUUGACUUAGUCACCCUGGUGCCAGACUGGGUCGUCACGAUGAUUUCCUUCUUAUCCACCAACUCGGGCUUCCAAGAAGCCAGACUUCUGCGUGCCUUGCGAGCCUUCCGGCUCACGCGUUUGGUGCGGAUCGUCAAGCUGCGGUGGCUCAUGGAGGUUGUUCGAGAUUACUUGGACUCCGAGUAUGCCAGCAUUAUGUUCGAAAUCUCUAAGAUGAUGGGCUUGCUCCUGGUGAUCAAUCACGUGUUGGCCUGCGCUUGGUAUGGCUUGCGUUUCGUGGGUGUGGAGCUCGGGUGGACCACAUGGUGGACGGGCAAUUUCCUGAUCUACGACCCUGCUCGACCUCGGGACCAACAGGGGUGGGUCUACAGCUAUCUCACCUGCUUGCACUGGAGCUUGUGCCAGUUCACACCUGCAUCCAUGGAAGUGCAGCCUACGAAUCCCCUGGAGCGCGGCUUCGCGGCCCUCACGGUGCUGUUCGCCUUGAUCGUGUUCUCUUACAUUGUGGGCAGCAUCACUGGCUCCUUGACACAGCUUCGGAUGAUGUCAGAGACCAUCACCCGAGAGACCUUGAAGCUCCGGCGCUUCCUGCGGCGGAACGCGGUGCCCAUCGGUCUGUCGCUGCGCAUCCGACGCUUCGUGGAAUUCGAGCUGAAGCGCCGCCAGCAGCCGGUGAACCACCAGAGCGUGGGGUGCCUCGCAGUCUUGUCCGAGCAGCUGCAGGUGGAAUUAAGCUUUGCCUUGGUCCAGCCAACGCUAAACACCCACGCCCUCUUUGAAGGGCUGAUGAAAAGCACUGGAGGGCUUUUGCUGCUGGAGAAAGCCAGCCAGUCCUUCGAGAAGAAGACCCUGGCAAUGGAUGAUUGGGAGUUCUUGCCAUACACACAUGCAACCUCCAUGCGCUACUUGCUGGCUGGAGAGUUGCGAUAUGUUCGCACCAUACAGAGCAGCAUGGAUAAUGAAGAAGUGACGGAGGAACUCGUCAUUGAGCCAGGUGGAAGCCGCUGGAUCUCCGAAGCCGUGAUGUGGAUCCAAGACUGGGAAUAUGUGGGCGAAUUGUCUGCGACGAUCGAGUCCCACUUGCUUCUCAUCCACCCCAAGUGCAUUUUGUCGCAAGUUGAUUUGUACCCUGCGUCUCACAAGCUGCUGAAGAACUAUGCCAACGAUUUCGUGAUGUGGCUCCAGAGCUUGCAGCCUGAUGAGAUGACCGACGUUUUAGAACCCAUCAUCGUGACGAUGCUUGUGAGGAAUCAAGCCACUGGGAAGAAGAAUUUCGCGCCUCAGCAGCUGCAAGCUCCUUCCUCCUUUCCUCGUGCCACCGUUUGA